GAGCAUCACACCCGCAAUUAGGAACGUUCCCAAUGGCGACCAUUGUAAGAGUUGCAAACUGUCUUCGCUUCAGUAGUAUUAGAAUUUCUUCAAUUUUACAAACAAGAAAUUAUUCCGCGAUGUCAGGCUUUCUCAUUGAUGAUCCAAAAUACUCGUUCUUAAAAGAUCUGGGGCUGUCGACAACUAAUCCAGGAGUUUACACCGGAACUUGGUUCGGAAAUGGCGAGGAAAUUACAUCAUAUUCACCAGCCAAUAAUCAACCAAUAGCUAAAGUUACACAGGGGAAUGUCAGUGAUUAUGAAAAAGCCAUCAAAUCAGCAGAAGAAGCCUGGAAUAUUUGGGUUGAUAUUCCUGGCCCGAAAAGAGGUGAAAUAGUUCGACAGAUGGGAGAAGCCUUGCGUCAUCACCUUAAACCACUGGGAAAAUUGGUUGCGUUAGAGAUGGGUAAGAUAUUACCAGAGGGUAUAGGAGAAGUACAAGAAUAUGUAGAUAUAGCAGACUAUGCCGUGGGAUUGUCCAGAAUGUUUGCUGGUUCGAUAUUUCCUUCAGAAAGACCCGGUCAUGCGUUAAUGGAACAAUGGAACCCACUAGGUGUUGUAGGAUGUAUUACAGCUUUUAACUUUCCUGUUGCUCCGUACGGAUGGAAUUCAGCCAUCGCUCUUGUCUGUGGUAAUGUUAUGUUAUGGAAAGGAGCACCAUCUACUCCAUUGACCAGUGUAGCUGUUACAAGAAUAUUAGCGUCUGUAUUAGAAAAGAAUAAUUUACCAGGAAGUGUUUGUGCUAUGGUAUGUGGAGGAGUGGAUGUGGGGUCAGCCAUGGCUAAAGAUGAACGAGUGAAAUUAUUAUCUUUUACUGGAAGUUGUCAGGCUGGCCAUGCUGUUUCUAAACUAGUCAAUGAAAGAUAUGGUAGUAAAUGA